UACCAUCCGGACACCCCGCUUUUGCACCGUCCGGUUUGCGUCCGGUGCGGGACGGGGGACGCGCGCACCGCGCACCGGCGAUGCCCAAGAAGCAACGGCCCAAGAAGUCGGGAUGGAUGUUCUGGAUUGGCCCCAUGAUCGCCGUGGUCAUGGCGCCCCUGCUGCUCUUCUUUGCCGUCUCGGAGCUUUCGCAGUCCACCGAUGAACACCUCAUGGCCACCAUCGGGCUCUUAGUCGCCAUCGCCGUGUUCUCCUUGCUGGGCUGCGUGUUGGACGAAACCUGUCAAUGUCCUCACAAUUUUCCCUUGAUUCUGCUCUUGGCACAGCUCAUCGCCUUGAUCUUGGCGGUGCUUCUGUGGCCCUCCAUCUUCAAGACGCUGCCCAAGCCGAACGAGAUGGAGCAAUGGCUUUUGGGGAAGCUCAGGACGCAGCCCACCUUGAGGGAGGUCCAGCCAUUGGAGAGGCCGACUCCUGUACCUGCGCCCCGGCCAGCGCUGAGAGGUGAUGCGGCAAAGGCAGCAGCUACUCCGGCUGGAGUAGCGGUGCCCUUGGGGUGGAAGGAUGUGGGCGAUGGCUAUUGCGUGGAUGCCCAUGGGCAAGAGUUCAGCUCCCUCCACGCCAUCGGCCAGACCUUGCAACGUUGCGCAGACGUCGCUGGCGCCGAUCCCGAAAGCAUUGCGCUGGAUUUCUCGCAGAAGGAUGGCGGCUGUGAUAUCAGGUUCCCUGCAGGCGCGACCUUCGAAGCCGUGGAGCAGUUUGAAUGGUGGGGCUGGGGCGCUGGAUCUGGCAGCCCCGUGGGCUCUGGCCUCCAGAAGCAUGACUCGGAAACGCGGUGCUAUUUGAAGACCUUCAAGACUCCGGCACGGCCAAAGAAGCCUGAGCUCUCUGCACAGUUGCACCCGAAGUACCAAUCGCUGAUCCGCGAGUAUCCCUUCCAACCAGUGCGGAACGAGCGGGGGAAAUUUGUGAAUGUGAUCCUGGUGCGGUCUCCCUUCCGGAGCUCUCAUCAGGAGCAGCUUUACGAGAAGUUCAAGGAUGAAAUCCUCUUCCUGGGCAUCAGUAGCUGGGAGGAUUAUCCACUUCCAGCGCCGAAUCCCUUUUCUUCCUCCUUCCCGCGGGAGAAGUAUUUAGGCCUCUUCCCCGGCUUCUUAUACAUGCAUCGAGAUGCCGAAACGCUCUUCCCAAGUCAUGUGAAGCUCCUGCUGCUGUCCCAGUCGGACUUCUCCUUGCCGGGCCCUGUGCCUGCGUUGCCGAAGAAGUACGACUUCACCUUUUCGGGCUCGGACCAGGACGUGGCGCAGGACUGCGUGGGGUGGUCCUCCUUUGCUAAGAACUGGAGUUUCGUGAAGGAGGCAUUGGAGGUGAUGUGUGGUGAGCUUCAGAUGACGGGUGUCCUGGUGGCCACCAAAGACAAGCAAGGACGCAAGGCUUGCAGGAUCCCAUCGAGUUGCAAUGGAUUGAUCACGCAGACGACAUUUCUAUCCCAGGAUGAGUUCUUCAAAUACACGCGGCAGAGCCACUUCCUCUUCUUGCCGCAAGUGCAUGACGCCUCACCCCGUGUCAUCACACAGGCGUUGGCCUUGGACGUGCCUGUGCUCAUGAACAAGAACAUCAUAGGCGGCUGGAAGUAUUUGACCCCCACCACCGGUGAGGGCUUCAAUGACAUCCACGACCUCAAGCAGAGCAUUGAGAAGCUCCGGGCAGGCCUUGCCUCGAAGGCCUACGCACCUCGAAGGUACGUGGAUGAGAAUUGUGGGGAUCAAAUCUCCGGGUCGCGCCUGAGACACUUUGUCGAGACGAAUUUCGGAGAUCGUGUGAAGCUUCCAGAAGGCGCAGAUGAGCACGACCUCGCCACUCUUUUCAAUGUCCUGGACGAGUCAUGACUACCCUCCCACUCACAUUCCCAUCCCAUGUGAGUCGUGGC